CACUGAAGAACAGCAGCAUGGCCCUCAAGCUCGUCCUUGUGUCCGCCCUCGUGGCCGCCGCCCUCGCCGACCACAGGCCCUACAGGCCGCCCACCCCCCAGCCCACCUACGGCACCCCACGGCCCACCUACGGCACCCCCGCCCCGUCCUACAGCCAGCCCCAGCAGACGUCACGCCCCCAGUACCAGUUUGACUGGGCCGUCAACGACGCGCCCUCCGGCAACGACUACGGCCACCAGGAGUCCCGCGACGGCUACGACACCCAGGGCAACUACUACGUGCAGCUGCCCGACGGCCGCCUCCAGCGCGUCGACUACACUGUCAACGGCGACUCCGGCUUCGUGGCGCAGGUCACCUACCAGGGCGAGGCUCAGUACCCCCAGCAGGGAUACGGCUCCCCAAGACCCUCUUACGGCCCCCCCACCCCCACCUACGGCCCCCCCGCCCCCACCUACGGCCCCCCCACCCCCACCUACGGCCCCCCCGCCCCCACCUACGGCCCCCCCACCCCCGCCUACGGGUAAUGCCGCCCACGCCUGACGAUGCCCGCGUCUUUCCAUCAUUGUAAAUAGGUCACUGCUGCUGCUGCUCCCAAUACGCAAUAAAUAUAAAAGAA